ACAUUUCAUCAUUAAUGAAGUGAACCAAUCGCUGGUGCGUUAGCGGGGAUUUUGAACACGCACAACGGCUAAUUCACCUCCAUCCAAUGCGUUGGAGCUGAGCAAUCAAGAAAGGCGACAAGUACCGGUACGUUGGAAAAGAACACUGCUGCGGUGUUGUGCGAUUUUCUAGUUAAUUAACAGUUAUCUGUCCAUUUUGGCCUGUUUGUCGUAUAACAAAAUGGAAAAUUCCAGCGCACUUGACGGAAUGAAGCGUGCUGAACUCCAGCGUCUUGCCAAAAAAGCUGGCAUUAAAGCAAACAUGAAGACUGAUGCCAUCAUUGAAGCCCUACGAAAACACUACCAGGUGGAGUCCAUUCCCACGACAGGAAGGACAUCUUCUGGUGAAGAUGAUACAACUGGUAAUGAGUCGGCCGUUUCAACAUCCUCCGAGUCUGCUGGCUCCUCCGUCAAUGAAGGGCAAGUGGAACAGGACAAAACUUGUAAGGGUACUCCCCCAAAGAGGGUGGCACGUAAGGGAAGGAAGGGGCGGAAACGCACCGUGGCACCAACCAAAAACACCGCAGCUAUGACAACGGACAAGACACCAGAGCAAAAAUCAUCAACCUCUGCUGUCAAGCUGCCGAACUUGACUGUGAGGAGCAACACCCCCAGGACCCGGUGCUCCACUGCCUCUUCCACCACACUUGCUGCAGGUGGGGUACCCCUCCGUCGGCAGACACGAAGCGUCACCCCAAAGACGGGAAGCACUGCUCCUGCAACCAAGAUCACCCUGGCACCUGUUGAAACCUCAGUGCGGAGGAAGACCCGGAGUGUCACCCCAAAAAUGGACAAGGACCUGCCCACUGCAUCAGCACCUACGGACGUCCCCGUACGCCGGAGGACGUAUGAGAUUGAGCAGGAGCAGGCAGCUCCUCAUGAGGUUGCCAAGAAGGAAACCACAGCCCAGAGUGAUCCAGAUAUGAAGAGAGAAAUCCUGGCAGAACUUGAGCAGAAAGCAGCAGAAAAAUUGUCCCUGCAGAGCAAAAUUCCCAAGCGGAAGGCCGUGGUUGCCAAGUCCAACAAGCCCAUCACCCCAGGCAACAAGGACUGGAGCCGCAUUCACCAGGCCCAGUUUGACAAGAUGGAGUCCAUCGAUGACUACGUGGCCCGCAAGCGCAAGAGAACGGAGGCGCUAUCUGCGUCGGUCAAAAGGGCCAAGCUGAUUGCCGAUGAGGCCAGGGCAGCGGUUCAGAAUCUGACAUCCCAUCGGACUCCACAGGGCAGCUCAGCCAAGGUUGGUAAGCCAGUCUCCAGGGUGCACAUCACCAAUCUGCCCUUCGGCUCCCCUAGGCCAACGGGUGUCAAGAACCGAGGGACCAAGGCUCCUGUCAGCAAAGCCCCUCCCACCAAGAGCGUGACCUUCAAGGUGUCCCGCUUGAAGACCCCGACCAGGGCCUCAGUGCUCCUGGUUGGGGGAGGAGAGCCCCGACAGAAACGGAAGUCCACCCCUGGACCACGCAAGUCCAUCUCGGUCAUUGACACGUCAGCCAAGAAGCCGCAAUUUGACCUGUCCUCACGCAAGUCUAUUGGAGAAUCUGGCAGGGACAACCGCAAGUCUGUCGGUGCGGUCACCACCCCCUUCAAGUUUGGCCAAUCUGCUCUAACCCCUGCUGCGGAUACCAUCAGCAAGCCAGCCUUUGAUCUCAAAGCCUCACUUAGCAAGCCACUGACAUACAAGCCAUAUACUGGGAAACUGAAGCCUCUGGAGGUGUCGACCCGCGUUCAGGCCACCUCCAACAUCCAGAAGGCCAAGGCCAACAUCACCAAGAAGCCAAUGCUUAAGACUCGUGACAACAGACGAGCAGAGGCCAAGCACAACCGAGCAAACAAAAGAGCCAACAAUCUCAUGGCUCGCCGCGGCAUCAGUGCAUUCUGAAGUGCUUACAUUCUCGCCUAUAUUUAGGGUUAAAGCAUUCUUCAUUAUUUGAGCAUUGUCUUUAAAGAUUGCUGCAAAUGUUCAAGACAUUUAACAUCAUGGAUAUACCUUCUCAGAGUGUGGAGAUGGAUAUUGUUAAAGCUGUUUGUUAAAGCUUUUGGAUGUCACAUAACACAUUGUUGCAUGGAGUAGAAUUCUUCCGCUGCAAUUAUAAAAUUUCAAAUGCGGCAGUUCCAUUUUUAUUGAAUUUUUUUUGGGGGGGGUUGGGAAGAGCAGGUUUUAGUCAUGUUCCAGUUUUUUUUAUUGGGUCGAGAUAGCCUAAGCCCUUUUUAUGGAUGGAAACCUUCAUCUUUGUAAAUUUUUGUAUAUACAAAGAAAAAUGUUCCUUUUUUUUCAUUUUGUAUAUAAUGUGUACAUUUCAAAAUACAACAGAUAGGUAGUGUCUUUUACAUCAUUUCAGCUUUCUGAACUCCAAAAUUUUUUAUUAGGGUCAUUUUAAUACCACAAAAUCAACUACAAAUAGCCACCACCUACGGGACCCAAAAGAGUUGCUGACCGUGAACAGGUGGUCUCACUUUCAGGGCUUUACAUUAUCACUAUUACAUGGGACACACUGCCCAUUGAGACCACAGUGGCUGACUGCUUUGUGUUUUUUUACAGUUGUACAGGUUGUAGAUGUUUUUGUUUUGGUUCAUUUGUAGCAUUUUAGACAACUUUUUUUGAAAAUUAAGUUUACAUUAGUUGCAUGUAGCAGUGUAUAAAAUAUAACUGACAUGCCAAGAAUGGUAGGUGAAAAUGUGCACAAUAGUAAAAAGCAACAAUAGAGAUGAUGCUGCUUUGA